UGUCAUUCCGGAUACUAGGAUGCAAAGUUGUUGAUCUGUUGCUCAUGAAUUGCAGCUUACAACAAUACUUUUCAGUGAAGUGGGAUGUACUAUAAUUCAGCGCCCAAGAGCAGACGCCUCACAGCAACGCUCCUGAUCAUUGGGGGGAUCGAGCCCAAUCCCGGCUGGGGGGGCAACGAGGUAAGCGAUUCUGCGGCUCAAGGCAGGACAACGCUGGGAAGCGACAUCGACAGAGGGUGGCCACUCAUCCCACUGCCGUCACUGGAGGAGGUUUACGGCAGUCCGCCGUCGCGCCAAGCCCAGAGCAUGCAUUCAGAGUUUGAAGCGUGGAGGAGCAAAGCACGUUUGAGCGAGCAGAUAAACGGCGGCAACCAGCGGUCGGCUACGAGUGCGGCCAGUGAGUCCGGGUCCGAGCUGUCGGAUUCGGAAGACGAAGGCGAGGACAUUGAGGGGGCGGAGUUCGAGAGCGUGGGCGAAUCUGCGGACGUGGAGACGUCCCAAGAUCGCGAAAUGAUUGACGACAAAAGCCAAGACGAGGAGAAUCCCGUGGUCGCCCAAGGCAGAAUUCGCGCCGCCCUGGAAUGCGACUCCGAGUCGGACGUUUCUCAGCUUCUGGGUCGGCGCUUCAAGCCGCGAGCGCGGAGGCAGACGACGAAAGCGGCCGAAGCCCGUUCCCCGCCCUCACGGUCGCAGUCCUUUGCCGAGUCCGACUCUGCCGGAAGCAACGGGCGGUGGGCGGGGGCACAGGUUGAGCGGCAGCUGGUGCCCGCCGCAAUGGAAACGGAUUCUGGGUCGGACGAGCUUCCGGCUCUCCGUAAGCGGCGGGUGCUCGAUGGGGCAGCCCGCUCUCUACAAACCAGGCAGCGCCGCCGAGUGCUGCUCUCAUCGUCGGAGUCCUCGGGUGAGAACGGCGACGGCCGGGCAAGGCAGAGCAACACUGCUGGGUUGGACGAGGAGGUGCAGCAGAGUAGGGGCAAUGAGCCCGUGCCUGGUGACCGUGCGGCCAGUUGCGACGACCCGCCAGAGCCUGAAGACGAUGGCUGCUUCGACGAAUCUGACUUUGGGGAGGACGUGCUGCGUCCACGGCGAGCGACCAUUGGUCAGGAGGUCGCUGAACGUAGUGGGGCCAUCUCGGUUGGAGAGGGCUCGAAGGCGCCCGUCGAUAUCGAGGUCGGGAUAGGAGGCCUGUCUGUCGCGGCAGGAGGCGAUGGACAAGGCGUGACUCAGCAGUUCUUGGAGGCCCCGGUCGGAGAGCUCGUCGAGCCUCAUGUUGUGAACAGGGCUCCGAUCGUGCAAGAGGCUUUCUUCCGUCGGCUGUGGGAAGGGGAAGUCGCUGUCCACAGCGAGCAUGACGGCAGGCUGCUAACGACAAGAACGAGGCUGCUGGGGACCUUCUUCUUCGCAAAGCGCAAGUUCACGAGGGAGCCCAUCGACUACCGGGAUCCAAAAGAUGGGCCGCAGGGCUGCUGCAGGCGGUACGGAGAAGUCCUGGGCCACCUGGUGGAAGUGCGACGUCUGUGUCCCUCUCGCGAGUUCGGCUCCUAUCCCAAUUGGCCCACAGCGUACCCUCUCCUGCGCAAGCAGCGGCAUCUGGAAGAGGCCAUCAAGGCCGGGUGCCCCUGCAAACCCUACCUGGACCUGGAGCGAAACGGGGGGCUGCCGGAGGGUGAGACGCUGGAGACGGUUAUCCAGGCGUUCGAGGCGGCCACCAUCAGCAUCUUCCGAGAAGACUACGACAUCGAGCUAACCCCCAAUUCCUUCAACUGGCUCCCCUGUGACUACGGGCCCGGCGGCAAGUUCAGCCUGCACCUAGUGGUCUCGACCCACUCCCCCCAGUUCGUCUUCCACUCCAACCUAGCUGCACCCGCCGACCAUCAGGGCGCGGGGCACCUCGCCAGGGAGCUCGCCCGGCGCCUGCCCCCGCAGUACGCCGAGCUCAUCGACCAGUCGGUGUACACCAGGAACCGGGGGAUCCGGCUCCCGUACUGUUCAAAGCCCGCAACCCCCCGCAGCCGCCUCAUCCCCUUGGACGAGAGCAAGCCGUACGCCGAUGCAUGCAUCACCUGGCUGGACGAACACGUCCAGAUCAUUCAAGUGCCGACCAGCCUGCCGGACGCGGUAGUCGAGCCUCGACGCCCCCGUACCCGGCCCGAGCACUUUCGGUACCAGAACGCCACGACAGUGAGCGCGUACACGGCCCAGAGGUGUACAGAGCUGGUCCAGACCCUGCAUCCGACGGCGUACCGCAGGGGCUCCGUGUCAGCAAGCUCUCUGAACUUUAGCUGGCACGACCGGAAUGAGCCGUGCUAUUCGGGCAACAUCCACGAGGGCUCGCGGGACAUCCUCGUCAUCGCCGAUUCCAAGCGUAUUGCUGUCUUUGCCAAGUGUGAUAGCGGGCGCCUGGAUGCGGGGACGGGCUUGUGCUGCAAGAACCUGCCGGCGCGGUACCUGGGCCCGUUCUACGCGGACGUCGAGACUUGGAAGGACGGGGCGGUUGAGGUAAACAUGCGGUACCUGGAGCGCAAGCCGCUGGCCGCGGCGCCCAUGGACCUGCAGCUGAUUCGCGGCGGGGUCCGGGACCUGACGGACAUGGUCGUCUUGAAUGACGUGCUCAACAAGUGGCAGGCUGGCCGUUACAAGGCGGCCCUGAUCAGGAGCCCCAUGGACACCGCAAAGUCGACGACCACCCGGGCCAUCCUUCAAGAGCCCCCCCGACCAGAGACGGCCCUUGCGAUCACCUACCGACAGACACAAGCCAGCGAUGCAGCUGGAAAGAACCCUGAUUUCGCGCACUACGGCGAAUUGAAAACGAAACGGGGGCGCGAGGUCGGGGAGCGCUUCAUCGAGCCUCUCGCCGAUAGGGAGCUCUAUCCGCGCGUCAUCUGCCAGGUGGACAGCCUGCGUGGGCUCGUGGGCGACGACAGUCGCGUUCCGGCCUUCGACCUGGUCAUUCUCGACGAGAGCGAGUCCAUUCUCGCGCACCUCUCAGCCGACACCCUGUCGGUGAGAACCGUCAUCAUCCGGCUGAUCGCCGAGCUGCUUCGCCGCGCGCGCUGGCUCAUCUGCCUGGACGGACACCUGGGGCAGCGGACCUUCGACUUCCUGACGCUGCACGGGAUCCGCUGUUCUCCCGUGAUCAUCAACAAGCACGUGCCGAGAGCGGCCUCUCCAGUUCGAGUUCCUUGA